AUGGCAGGCUCUUACCUGGCAGGAAAAGCCUUCUCAUUGGCUGAUGUCCUUGUGUUCCCCAACAUUGCCUAUUCCUUCCGCUCUGAGCUCUCUGCAGAGCGUUACCCCAAACUGGGAGCGUACUACACUCUAAUGAAGGACAGACCCAGUGUUAAAGCUACCUGGCCCCUAAACUGUCUGGAAAACCAGGAAAAACCUCAGUGGAGUGACUCUCUCAGAGCUCUGAGACUCACAGGAACAGACGCACUCUCACACUCUCUCUCUCUCUCUCUCUCUCUCUCUCUCUCUCUCUCUCUCUCUCUCUCUCUCUCUCUCUCUCUCUCUCUCUCUCUCUCUCUCUCUCUCUCUCUCUCUCUCUCUCUCUCUCUCUCUCUCUCACACACACACACACACACUCUUUAAAGUGUUACAGGCACUUCCUCUAUGUAUCUUCUCUUUAUAUUGCACUAUUGUAACUUCAUUCAUGUCAUUAGUUUUACAUCCACACCAAGCGAACACAAUUUUAAACAUUUACACCCUUUUGGUGUUUUUGUAACAGAAACAAAUGCUGUUUUGUACUAUAGCUGAAUCUUAAUCUGCGACAUUAAACACCAAUUGUGUUAUAAGAACAUGACUUUUAAAAAAUAUAUAUGUAUUUAGAAAUUAAUUGUUCUGCUGGUAUGUUGUAUUACUGCUCCCACUGCUGGCGAUCUGAAGAUCUUUCAGAAAAAAGCAUGAUAGCUACAAUUUGUUGGUUUAUUGAAUACAACUGCUUCUUACAUUCAUUGACUGGUAGAAUAUUUCCCCAAAUAUGAUUUGUUGUAACACUCAAUCAUAUUUACAAUAUCUGUUUUCAAAAAUGCAUUCAUAAUAUCUCACUUGCGAAGUGCCACUGCUUACUAAAAGACUAAUUUAAUAAACACUUUAAAUAUUCUAUAUAUGUAUAAAUGUAUUUUCUUCAUAGAAUCGUCUUCAUUGCAAAUAUAAAAUACAUGUACAGCAUAAGAGCUCGUAAUAUCUACAAUAAUGUAUUUAUUUUUUACAGUAAUCAUACUUCAUUUUUGGUUUUGCACUCUAUAUAUUAUCCAUUAUAAACUGGGUGGUUCGAGCCCUGAAUGCUGAUUGGCUGACAGCCGUGGUAUAUCAGACCAUAUACCACGGGUAUGACAAAAUAUUUAUUUUUACUGUUCUAAUUACAUUGGUAAUCAGUCUAUAAUAGCAAUAAGGCACCUCAGGGGUUUGUGUUAUAUGGCCAAUAUACCACGGCUAAGGGCCAUGUCCAGGCACUCCGCGUUGUGUUGUGCAUAAGAACAGCCCUUAGCCGUGGUAUAUUGGCCAUAUACCACACCCCCCCUUGUGCCUUAAGUAUAAUACUGGAAUAUUAUCUAGAUGCUAGAAUAGCCGCACCAGAGGGCUGAAAGGUUUGACCUGAAGAAAGGUUUCCUAAUCCUGAUCCUAGGGACCCAAAGGGCUACACUUUUUUUUAUUUUUGCCCUAGCAGCACCAAUACACUUGAUUCAACUAAUCAACUGAUUAUCAAGCCUUUAACUGGUUGAAUAAGGUGUGUUAGUGAUAGGGGAAAAUAAAUAAAUAUAUGCACAGUUUUUUGGGGUUCCCAGGACCAGGAUUGAGAAACACCGAAGUAAUACAUAAUGGAACUUGGUUUGGCCAACGGACCUCAGAGGUAAUGGUGAGUGAUGUGUGUAAGCAUCGAUUGAAGACCAGCUACACUGUAGUGGAUAACCACAGUAACAUUAGGCACCAGUUAACUUUCCCAAACUACACCACUGAUUGUACAGCUCACACCCAAAUAUCACCAUCACGCUCCGGGGUGAAGGUUCCCCUAGGUGCUGAUCGAGAAUCCGUUUCCCCUCCCCCAUUUCUAUCCUUAACCGAUAGUGGGUGAAAUGCAAAACUGACCAAAGAUCAGCGGCAAGGGGAAAACUUCACCCUGCACCCAUCAACACCGUCAUAGUUCAAUAAGUUCAUCCAUCAAGGCAAGCGGCCCUUACUGCUGUUCAGGCUCCUUGGUACUUCCGAGUCAGUGUUUCAGUCUGUUCAGGCUCCUUGGUAAACUCUCCAGCGAUCCGAGUCAGUGUUUCAGUCUGUUCAGGCUCCUUGGUAAACUCUCCAGCGAUCCGAGUCAGUGUUUCAGUCUGUUCAGGCUCCUUGGUAAACUCUCCAGCGAUCCGAGUCAGUGGUUCAGUCUGUUCAGGCUCCUUGGUAAACUCUCCAGCGAUCCAAGUCAAUGUUUCAGUCUGUUCAGGCUCCUUGGUAAACUCUCCAGCGAUCCGAGUCAGUGUUUCAGUCUGUUCAGGCUCCUUGGUAGACUCUCCAGCGAUCCGAGUCAGUGUUUCAGUCUGUUCAGGCUCCUUGGUAAACUCUCCAGCGAUCCGAGUCAGUGUUUCAGUCUGUUCAGGCUCCUUGGUAAACUCUCCAGCGAUCCGAGUCAGUGUUUCAGUCUGUUCAGGCUCCUUGGUAAACUCUCCAGCGAUCCAAGUCAGUGUUUCAGUCUGUUCAGGCUCCUUGGUAAACUCUCCAGCGAUCCGAGUCAGUUCUGUGUUGACCUUCACGCCCUGAGAGAAAAACAAAACACGUCAUUUGAGGCAUAUAGACACGAUAAUUAAGUACAACUGUUGCUUGACACAGAUCUGCCGUUUAGUCUUAAAGGGGAAGGGAAACACUAGACUUUAGAACACUAGCUAACUGUAAAGCUAAAGUGUUUCCAUUCCCCUUUAAAGGGGUUUAGUGGAGAUUGUAAGAGAGCUGAGGAAGAAUACAAACCGAUUACACAUGGUGGUUGUCUCUUGUUUCUCCGUCAGACCACAGGUUGUGUUUACAUUAUUGCUUGGCUAAUAUGUGCACUAUAACCAUGUUAUAAUCACUUAAAGCUUUUAAAUCACACAAUACCACCAUAGAUACCUGUAUUGCUUGAAUAUGAUUCACUUCAAAUGACUGAUCUCCAUUCCCUCCUGAGGCUCCACUGUAGAGGAUAAAGAUCGUACCUUCACAUACCAAUGACUUGCUCUGAUCAAACCAAAUUAUAGAGGAUCAAAGAUGCUGCAAUGUGUAUCACAAUCACUGUUAAACAAAGAACUAAGGCGCCAGUAGUGAGAGAGAGAACGCAUACCACCUCUUCUUCUUCUUGGUCUGUGGCAAAGAGGUUGACCCGGAACCCUGUUUCAGUAUCAGUGUUUGGGUUCUGAACCUCUAUUCCACCCAUCAGUCGAGCCAGCAGGUUCAGCUCCUCUUUGGCAAGGAGGUUGGGUUCAGAGUUCGCCUCCGGAUUAAAGAGAAUAUAGUGGGGAUGUGUCCCAAAUGGCACCCUAUUCCCUAUAUAGUGCACUACUUUUGACCAGGGCCCAUUUGGGUAUAGGCAAUAGGGUCCCAUUUGGGAUGCAGACUGGGUUACUUGGGUUUACUGCCCCACGUGGAGAGUACGUGCCAGUGCCUCAAAUAAAUAAAAGAGGGCAGCAGUCUGAGGCUUGCAUCCCAAAUAGCAACCUAUUCCCUAUGUAGUGCACUAUUUUUGAUCAGGGCUCAUAGGGCUCUGGUCAAUAGAAUAAAACGUGGCAAAAACGAAUGUAGACAUUAAUAAAUGCAUUUCUAUAGCUUCCCAAAUAUUUUUUUGACAAUAGUGGGGGAGUGCCAAGAUGGGGCACGGUGGUUUUAACAAAGGCCCCCACUAUCAGUCAUCUAGUGUAUAUACUGUACACACAAUUGUUGGUAAAAAACAGGCAACAUUAUAGACCAACAAACUAUUACUACAGUUAAUAUUACUAACUUUAAAAAUGCAAUGUAUGACAGUCAAUUCAAUUCCUCUUGGCCUUUACAAUGCAUUACUAUAUGACCGCUCACUCACGGAGAACCAAGAGCCAGAUAGAGUUGAUAUGCUAACUAGCUGUUCAAACAUGUUUAACACCUCUGCGUCGUAUUACUGGCAAGUAGAUGAGUAACUGAUUAACCUCGGGACUUCUGGUGGAGAGGGCAAAGCGUCCGUUGGGAUUCUGCACUUUAUCCUUGAGGAAAAGUGACACCUGGUAAGAGACAAUAAUUCAUAUUUUUCAGUUUUGUUUUUUCAGAAUGGGUAAACUCACUCUUUAUUAGCGUGCAAUUCUUUAGUUUUCAACAGCCCGAUAAAGAUAAAAAGGGUGUGUACACCUUUAACAGACAGGCAGAGAAGAUGGUUCAACAAAUAUAGCUUGGCAUCAUAAGCAGGUUGUGGGCGAGGCAGCAGAAGAUAAAUGCCAUUGUCUCUGUAGUUUAGGCAAAGCAUUCAUGUAAUCUCUCACAAAGAAUCAGGCUGCAUCCCAAAAGGCACUCAAUUCUCUACAUAGUGCACUGCUUUUGACAAGGGCACAAUAGCGUGCCAUCGAUGGGCUCCCUUACCUCAAUGACCUUUCGGUGUGUCUCAUCCACUUGGUUGAGAACACUGGGGAUGUCUCUCACAAACUACCGGAUGGUGUCUCUGUGGUCCAAUAAGAUAAGCAGCAGGCCUCUGGGACGUGGGGCAGAGCAGGAGUUGGUAUUUGAAAGCCAUCGCCAUCCAUUCGUAAAAAGCUACACAUACAACAGAAAACACAAAGGACAGUAUGUUAAUAAUAAUAAUAAUAUAAUAAUAAUGUAGGCCUAAUACAAGAUGACAUGACUGGUAUCUCUCUGUUCAUAUCUGGGAGGGGCCUCUUGAAGGGCCUAGGGGUCAAGGCUAAAGGAUAGGUCGCAGUGUUUCCCAAAGCUCGGCGUCAUUGGACUCUGGAGCAGUGGAAACGCGUUCUCUGGAGUGAUGAGUCACGCUUCACCAUCUGGCAGUCCGACGGACGAAUCUGGGUGUGGAGUGUGCCAGGAGAACGCUACCUGGCCCAAUGCAUAGUGCCAACUGUAACGUUUGGUAGAGGAGGAAUAAUGGUCUGGGGCUGUUUUUCAUGGUUCGGGCUAGGCCCCUUAGUUCCAGUGAAGGGAAAUCUUAACGCUACAGCAUACAAUGUGUGCUUCCAACUUUGUGGCAACAGUUUGGGGAAGGCCCUUUUCUGUUUCAGCAUGAGAAUGCCCCCGUGCACAAAUCGAGGUCCAUACAGUAAUGGUUUGUCGAGAUCAGUGUGGAAGAACUUGACCGGCCUGCACAGAGCCCUGACCUCAACCCCAUUGAACACCUUUGAGAUUAAUUGGAACACCGACUGCUAGCCAGGCCUAAUCACCUAACAUCAGUGCCUGACCUCACUAAUGCUUGUGGCUGAAUAGAAGCAAGUCCCUGCAGCAAUGUUCCAACAUCUAGUGGAAAGCCUUCCCAGAAGAGUGGAGGCUGUUAUAGCAGCAAAGGGGGGACCAACUCCAUAUUAAUGCCCAUGAUUUUGGAAUGAGAUAUUCGAUGAACAGGUGUCCACAUACUUUGGUCAUGUGGUGUAUGUCCAAUAUCCAACAUUAGUGAAAUAAAAAAAGUAUUACCGGGAUAUAUCAGAUUGUUUAACAUGCAAUAGCCUAUAAUUGCAGUGCUGUCUUGUAUGACAAGCUUUCUGAACACUCAGGGAGAAAAAGGUGUAGAUUCACGCGCAGAGCGUGGCAGGUGUUUAUUACGCCUUCACAGAAGGCAGGAAUCAUGGUCACAGGCAGGCAAUGGUCAUACACAGGUAGGCAAACAGGCAGGAGAAUCAAAAACUAGGACUGAAGACUAUAACUGGUUCUCACAAACGAGCUAGGAAAAGGCUUAGUAGAGUCAAAACGAUCAAUACCUCACAAGGCACAAACAGAAAGAACUGAACUAAAUAAGGAGCUGAUGAGACCAGGUGAGUAAUUAACACAGGUGAAAUCAAUGAACAAAAAUGAAAGACAGGGCUACGUUCAAGAACACAAAGAAACAGGGCUACGUUCAAGAACACAAAGAAACAGGGCUACGUUCAAGAACACAAAGAAACAGGGCUACGUUCAAGAACACAAGGUUGUCUGGACUUCAUUACUACCUUGAUUACUUACCAUUUAUCUAGCACUCUGUUCUGUCAGUCAUCAGGUAGUAUUGGUUAUGUUUUCCUUGUUAGACGCUUCUCUUGUUUUGUAUUUGUUCCAUGUUCGUUUUCAUUAAACUCACACUGCACUUGCUUCCAGACUCCCUGUGUCUACAUUACAGAAUACUACCUCAAAAAUAUGGAAGCAGCAGAAGAGAUAUAUAUAUAUAUACAGCUCUGGAAAAAAUUAAGAGACCACUGCAAAUUUUUCUUAAAUCAGCAUCUCUACAUGUAUGACAGCCAUUCCAUUCCAGUGUCUGUUGAAUUCCAACACAGGCACACCUCAUUCUACUGAAUUAGGUACUUAUUAGGUGAUCACCUGAACCAAAUCUUAUUUAACGAGGAAAAGUAUAAAAUCCACUGCUGUGGUCAUCACUAUCCUCUUGUAAUAGGACCAGCUGGAAGGCAAAAACAGUGCUAAUAGUACCUCAAAAGUAAUAUUAAUCAAAAAAUAACUAUUGACCAUACCAAAAGAGUUGAAAAGGAAAGUUUUGAGUGAGGAAAAGAAGGGUUCAAUUCUGGUUUUACUGGCAGAGGGAUACAGUGAGUGUCAGGUUGCUUCCAUCCUUAAAAUUUCAAAGACGGCGGUUCAUAAGAACAAGGUCAAGCAGCAGACAUUGGGGACAACAAAGAUACAGACCGGCAGAGGGCGAAAACGACUCUCUACUGACCGGGAUGACCGCCAACUCAUUAGAAUGUCACUCAACAACCGUAGGAUGACAUCAAGUGACCUACAAAAAGAAUGCAAAUGGCAGCUGGGGUGACGGCUCGAAACAGGCUCCUAGGGGCAGGGCUGAAGUCGUGCAAAGCUAGAAAAAAGCCCUUCAUCAAUGAGAAGCAAAGAAGAGCCAGGCUGAGAUUUGCAAAAGACCAUAAGGAUUGGACCGUAGAGGACUGGAGUAAGGUCAUCUUACAUUUACAUUUACAUUUUCGUCAUUUAGCAGACGUUCUUAUCCAGAGUGACUUACAAAUUGGUGCAUUCACCUUAUAGCCAGUGGGACAACCACUUUACAAUAUUAUUAUUUUAUUUUUAUUUUUUUGGGGGGUGAGGUAAGGGGGGGUAGAAGGAUUACUUUAUCCUAUCCCAGGUAUUCCUUAAAGAGGUGGGGUUUCAAGUGUCUCCGGAAGGUGGUGAGUGACUCCGCUGUCCUGGCGUCGUGAGGGAGCUUGUUCCACCAUUGGGGUGCCAGAGCAGCGAACAGUUUUGACUGGUCUGAGCGGGAACUGUGCUUCCGCAGAGGUAGGGGGGCCAGCAGGCCAGAGGUGGAUGAACGCAAUGCCCUCGUUUGGGUGUAGGGACUGAUCAGAGCCUGAAGGUACAGAGGUGCCGUUCCCCUCACAGCUCUGUAGGCAAGCACCAUGGUCUUGUAGCAGAUGCGAGCUUCAACUGGAAGCCAGUGGAGUGUGCGGAGGAGCGGGGUGACGUGAGAGAACUUGGGAAGGUUGAACACCAGACGGGCUGCAGCGUUCUGGAUGAGUUGUAGGGGUUUAAUGGCACAGGCAGGGAGCCCAGCCAACAGCGAGUUGCAGUAAUCGAGAUGGGAGAUGACAAGUGCCUGGAUUAGGACCUGUGCCGCUUCCUGUGUAAGGCAGGGUCGUACUCUGCGAAUGUUGUAGAGCAUGAACCUACAGGAUCGGGUCACCGCCUUGAUGUUAGCGGAGAACGACAGGGUGUUGUCCAGGGUCACGCCAAGACUCUUUGCACUCUGGGAGGAGGACACAACGGAGUUGUCAACCGUGAUGCGAGAUCAUGGAACGGGCAGUCCUUCCCCGGGAGGAAGAGCAGCUCCGUCUUGCCGAGGUUCAGCUUCAGGUGGUGAUCUGUCAUCCACACUGAUAUGUCUGCCAGACAUGCAGAGAUGCGAUUCGCCACCUGGUUAUCAGAAGGGGGAAAGGAGAAGAUUAAUUGUGUGUCGUCUGCGUAGCAAUGAUAGGAGAGGCCAUGUGAGGAUAUGACAGAGCCAAGUGACUUGGUGUAUAGCGAGAAUAGGAGAGGGCCUAGAACUGAGCCCUGGGGGACACCAGUGGUGAGAGCCCGUGGUGCGGAGACAGAUUUUCGCCACGCCACCUGGUAGGAGCGACCUGUCAGGUAGGACGCAAUCCAAGAGUGAGCCGCGCCGGAGAUGCCCAACUCGGAGAGGGUGGAGAGGAGGAUCUGAUGGUUCACAGUAUCAAAGGCAGCAGAUAGGUCUAGAAGGACGAGAGCAGAGGAGAGAGAGUUAGCUUUAGCAGUGCGGAGAGCCUCCGUGACACAGAGAAGAGCAGUCUCAGUUGAAUGGCCAGUCUUGAAACCUGACUGGUUUGGAUCAAGAAGGUCAUUCUGAGAGAGAUAGCAAGAGAGUUGGCUAAAGACGGCACGCUCAAGAGUUUUGGAGAGAAAAGAAAGAAGGGAUACUGGUCUGUAGUUGUUGACAUCGGAGGGAUCGAGUGUAGGUUUUUUGAGAAGGGGUGCAACUCUCGCUCUCUUGAAGACGGAAGGGACAUAGCCAGCGGUCAAGGAUGAGUUGAUUAGCGAGGUGAGGUAAGGGCGAAGGUCUCCGGAAAUGGUCUGGAGACGAGAGGAGGGGAUAGGGUCAAGCGUGCAGGUUGUUGGGCGGCCGGCCGUCACAAGUCGCAAGAUUUCAUCUGGAGAGAGGGGGGAGAAAGAAGUCAAAGCAUAGGAUAGGGCAGUGUAAGCAGGACCAGCGGUGUCAUUUGACUUAACAAACGAGGAUCGGAUGUCGUCAACCUUCUUUUCAAAAUGGUUGACGAAGUCAUCCACAGAGGGGGGGGGGGGGGGGGUUCAGCAGGGAGGAGAAGGUGGCAAAGAGCUUCCUAGGGUUAGAGGCAGAUGCUUGGAAUUUAGAGUGAUAGAAAGUGGCUUUAGCAGCAGAAACAGAGGAAGAAAAUGUAGAGAGGAGGGAGUGAAAAGAUGCCAGGUCCGCAGGGAGUCUAGUUUUCCUCCAUUUCCGCUCGGCUUUCCGGAGCCCUGUUCUGUGAGCUCGCAAUGAGUCGUCAAGCCACGGAGCAGGAGGGGAGGACCGAGCUGGCCGGGAGGAUAGGGGACAUAGAGAGUCAAAGGAUGCAGAAAGGGAGGAGAGGAGGUUUAAGGAGGCAGAAUCAGGAGAUUGGAGGGAGAAGGAUUGAGCAGAGGGAAGAAAUGAUAGGAUGGAAGAGGAGAGGGUAGCGGGAGAGAGAGCGACGGUUGCGACGGCGCAUUACCAUCUGAGUAGGGGCAGAGUGAGUAGUGUUGGAGGAGAGCGAGAGAGAAAAGGAUACAAAGUAGUGGUCGGAGACUUGGAGGGGAGUUGCAGUGAGAUUAGUAGAAGAACAGCAUCAAGUAAAGAUGAGGUCAAGCGUAUUGCCUGCCUUGUGAGUAGGGGGGGACGGUGAGAGAGUGAGGUCAAAAGAGGAGAGGAGAAGAAAGAAGGAGGCAGAGAUAAAUUAGUCAAAGGUAAACGUAAAGAGGUUAAAGUCACCCAGAACUGUGAGGGGUGAGCCAUCCUCAGGAAAUAAACUUAUCAAGGCGUCAAGCUCAAUGAUGAACUCUCCAAGGGAACCUGGAGGGCGAUAAAUGAUAAGGAUGUUAAGCUUGAAUGGGCUAGUGACUGUGACAGCAUGGAAUUCAAAUGAGGAGAUAGACAGAUGGGUCAGGGGAGAAAGAGAGAAUGUCCACUUGGGAGAGAUGAGGAUUCCUGUGCCACCACCCCGCUGACCAGAUGCUAUCGGGGUAUGUGAGAACACAUGGUCAGACGAGGAGAGAGCAGUAGGAGUAGCAGUGUUUUCUGUGGUAAUCCAUGUUUCCGUCAGCGCCAAGAAGUCGAGGGACUGGAGGGUAGCAUAGGCUGAGAUGAACUCUGCCUUGUUGGCCGCAGAAAGGCAGUUCCAGAGGCUGGAACUCCACGUGGGUCGUGCGUGCAGGGACCACCAGGUUAGAGUGGCAGCAGCCACGCGGUGUGAGGCGUUUGUAUGGCCUGUGCGGAGAGGAGAGAACAGGGAUAGACAGACACAUAGUUGACAGGCUACAGAAGAGGCUACACUAUUGCAAAGGAGAUCGGAAUGAAAUUAACUAAACACCUGGGGAAGCGAGGCCUCCCUCACUAACCUUUCACUGAAACACUCAAAUACAACUCUUCCAACUUCCAAUUUAGAAAUUAUAAUUGUUGUAAUCUACAGUGGUUCAAUGUUUCCAGGAAUAGACUCUAACUUAGUUUAUUCAGCUAGCUAUCUUCUCUGAUGAGUCCAAUUUUCAGCUUUGCCCAACACCUGGUCAUCUAAUGGUUAGACGGAGACCUGGAGAGGCCUAAGCCACAGUGUCUCGCACCACUGUGAAAUUUGGUGAAGGAUCAGUGAUGAUCUGGUGGUGCUUCAGCAAGGCUGGAAUCGGGCAGAUUUGUCUUUGUGAAGGACGCAUGAAUCAAGCCAUGUACAAGGUUGUCCUGGAAGAAAACUUGCUUCCUUUUGCUCUGACAUUGUUCCCCAACUCUGAGGAUUGGUUUUUCCAGCAGGACAAUGCGCCAUGCCACACAGCCAGGUCAAUCAAGGUGUGGAUGGAGGACCACCAGAUCAAGACCCUGUCAUGGCCAGCCCAAUCUCCAGACCUGAACCCCAUUGAAAACUUCUGGAAUGUGAUCAAGAGGAAGAUGGAUGGUCACAAGCCAUCAAACAAAGCCGAGCUGCUUGAAGUUUUGCGCCAGGAGUGGCAUAAAGUCACCCAACAUCAAUGUGAAAGACUGGUGGAGAGCAUGCCAAGACACAUGAAAGCUGUGAUUGAAAAUCAGGUUUAUUCCACCAAAUAUUGAUUUCUGAACUCUUCCUAAGUUAAAACAUUAGUAUUGUGUUGUUAAAAAAAAAAAAAGCUAAUUGGGCCCAAUUUGGACAUUUUCACUUAGGGGUGUACUCACUUUUGUUGCCAGCGGUUUAGACAUUAAUGGCUGUGUGUUGAGUUAUUUUGAGGGGACAGCAAAUUUACACUGUUAUACAAGCUGUACACUCACUACUUUACAUUGUAGCAAAGUGUCAUUUUUUCAGUGUUGUCACAUGAAAAGAUAUACUCAAAUAUUUACAAAAAUGUGAGGGGUGUACUCACUUUUGUGAGAUACUGUAUAUAUAUCAGACGGUCGGCGAACAGGGACACCUUCUCCACCAACACCACGAUCAGCUGGCACAACUGCGUGCAACUAUGGAUGAGGUCUUCCACGUCCUCCACCACCUCGACACCACCCGAGAGGAUUCACUUUCAAAUAGCGGAGGGCCUUCUACCACGAGUCAUCCCAGCGAGCCAGUCCCCCAGCCUACCCAGCAGUCCGCCCAGGUCGGUGAUUCCCAACUGUCCCUCCUGGGAAAAUAUGAUGCGACUCCAUCCAAAUGCCGUGGCUUCCUACUCCAGUGCUCCCUCUAUUUCACUCAUCAGACGGGAGCCCCCACCACCGAGAGGUCCAAGGUUGCUACGGUCAUUUCCCUGCUGACCGUGCGGGCGUCAGAGUGGGCUACGGCCGUCUGGGAGAGAGGAGAGGAGGAGCUGGAUUCCUACAAGGGGUUCAUGGCUCUGUUCAGGGCGGUCUUCGACCAUCCACCGGAGGGCAGAGAGGGACGUCAGCGACUACCCCAACUCCGGCAGGGUGCCCAGACCGCUGCAGAGUACGCCCUCACCUUCCGGACCGCGGCAGCCUCCAGUGGAUGGAAUGAGCUGGCGCUCCGCACCCUAUUCUGAAGAGGACUGCGCGAGGAGGACAACCUUCUUCGGGAGCGUCGGCGGUCCCCCCGUCCCUCGCCGUCCUGAGGCAGAGCCUGAAAUAGAGGUCACAUCUCUCCGCGGCAGAGCGACGUCGCUGGAGACGACUGGGGUUGUGUCCCUAUUGCAGCCAGGAGGGGCACCGGCUACAGCUGUGUCUGGUGCGCACUAACCCGAAGUCCACCGGGGCAGAGGGACAGCCCCGUGGUCAUCUGUCUCCCAGGGUAGACGUGAGUAUUCCUUCAUCGAUUUCCACCAAACCCUUCCUGGUUUCUAUUUCACUGGCUGGCUGUCCCUCAGAUGUUGUCUCUACGGCUCUAGUGGAGUCCGGUGCCACAGGGAAUUUCACUUUCAAAUAGCGGAGGGCCUUCUACCACGAGUCAUCCCAGCGAGCCAGUCCCCCAGCCAACUCCCCACUAAUUACCGGAUUUCACCAUCUUUUCAUGUUUCCCUUCUCAACAUCAUCCGACAUUUCCACCUUCGGCGUCCGGACCGGGCCCGCUCCUCGCCCUCUGGGCCGUAUCCCUGGCCGGUGUCGUCCUGCUGUUGGAGCCGUGCGUUGGGGGGGUACUGUCCCGUCUACUCCUGCUCGCCCCCUCCGGCGCUCGACGUCACCGGUCUAUUAACCACCGAUCCUGGCAACCCAUCAUUACGCACACCUGGCACCAUUAUUACGAACACCUGCGACCCAUCAUCAGUCACACCUGGACUUCAUUACUACCUUGAUUACUUACCAUUUAUCAAGCACUCUGUUCUGUCAGUCAUCAGGUAGUACUGGUUAUGUUUUCCUUGUUAGACGCUUCUCUUGUUUUGUAUUUGUUCCAUGUUCGUUUUCAUUAAACUCACACUGCACUUGCUUCCAGACUCCCUGUGUCUACGUUACAGUGUGCAAGUGCAACAGGUGCGCAUGACAGGUGGCUUCUUGAUUCGCUCAAAAUCACGUGUCACGGCAGAACACAACCAAUCAGACAAAUUGAACCACAACAUUGCCCACCCACAACUCUCCCAGAAGUAAUUCCAUUUGAGAAAAUCCAAACCAGUUUACUGCUGGUACCAAUGGCUGUAGGCUGGUACUUAGCCUACUGCUGGAUAUGAUAACGUAGUCUAAUGCUGCGUUCAUAACCAUGUGGGAAGGUGUUAAUUUCCAGUUGUGUAUUAGUAAAUACGAGUUUGAAUAGCUUCUGUCAUGCCACUGACGGCUGUAUAACAAUAUGAAAAAUAUUCACAUUAAUGAAUUGCUCCUUUUCUGUUACCAUAAAACGGGAGAUAAAUCAGUAAUCACACAUUACAGUUUAAUUAUUGUGUCUAGCAAAUGUUUCUGUAAUGUUGAAAGGAAACGUUCCAAAGUCAAAAUGUUCAACAACUCUCUCAUCAUCAUCGUCAUCAUCAUCAUCAUCUUUUGUAAAUUUUUUAAUCUAUAUCAAUUUAUCAUGGGGUACAGUCUCAUGGAAUGGGAUGUAUUAGUGUGUGUGGAUGUGUGUGUGUGACUUAAGGCAGGACAGGGACAGUAGAGCACGCAAAUUCCUUCUACUGUAUCUUUUAUGUAAAUUUGUGAGCCACAGAGAUGGUUCCACGAACUUGAUCAUAGUUAACCGCUCCUACCAACUGGGGGAUUAGAAUACUAUCCUCUACUAUACUAUACAACACCUUUAGAGGUAAGGAAAUAUCUUCAAUGUAUUGUUUUUUAACUCUCAGAUCACUUUCAAUUCUGUGAUUAUUUGGCUUUUGAGGGAGGAUAAGGUUUGAGUUUUUAAAAUAGCUAAAACAAUUCUCACAAUCUGAGUUUAGCUAUUGCAUUCCAUGGGUUUGUAAAUUUAGUAUGUAGUCAUUGUUCUACAGUAAAGGAGUUUAGUACGUAGUCAUUGUUCUACAGUAAAGGAGUUUAGUACGUAGUCAUUGUUAUACAGUAAAGGAGUUUAGUACGUAGUCAUUGUUCUACAGUAAAGGAGUUUAGUAUGUAGUCAUUGUUAUACAGUAAAGGAGUUUAGUACGUAGUCAUUGUUAUACAGUAAAGGAGUUUAGUACGUAGUCAUUGUUAUACAGUAAAGGAGUUUAGUACAUAGUCAUUGUUCUACAGUAAAGGAGUUUAGUACGUAGUCAUUGUUCUACAGUAAAGGAGUUUAGUACGUAGUCAUUGUUAUACAGUAAAGGAGUUUAGUACGUAGUCAUUGUUAUACAGUAAAGGAGUUUACUACGUAGUCAUUGUUAUACAGUAAAGGAGUUUAGUACGUAGUCAUUGUUAUACAGUAAAGGAGUUUAGUACGUAGUCAUUGUUAUACAGUAAAGGAGUUUAGUACGUAGUCAUUGUUAUACAGUAAAGGAGUUUAGUAUGUAGUCAUUGUUCUACAGUAAAGGAGUUUAGUACGUAGUCAUUGUUCUACAGUAAAGGAGUUUAGUAAGUAGUCAUUGUUCUACAGUAAAGGAGAUGAGUGUACUGUAUUUCCAUAUCCACUCUUUCCUUUCUCAGACUGGCUUCAUUGGGAAUACUACAACCAUGGGCUUCCCUCUAUGCCUAUAUCUUCUCUCUUUGUAAGUAAGAGUUAUCUGCUUGCACACCAUUUUUUUGCCACAUGGAGUUCGUCAUAAACAUGACAUAAUCAUAAUAUUAAUGUAGGUUGAUAUAAAUGUGAUUUUAUGUCUCUUCCCUUUCAGGAUUUUCACAACUGCUUGUGGUUCAGGUUUUAG